AUGGUGGCCCUUGAUCUUGACGCGUGCCUCGAACGACUUUAUAAAAAGCAACUCCUUGCAGAAUGCGUCCUUCGAGAGAUUUGUGAAAAAACAAAGGAAUUGCUCAUACGUGAGAGUAAUGUGGUUCACAUUAGUGCCCCUGUAACUGUGGUAGGAGACAUCCAUGGACAAUACUAUGACCUAAUUGAGAUCUUUAGGAUCGGAGGUUAUUGUCCUGAUACAAACUACCUUUUUCUUGGUGAUUAUGUGGAUCGUGGAUUAUAUAGUGUAGAGACCAUCUCUCUAUUGACAUGUCUCAAACUACGUUACCCGGACCGUGUCCAACUAGUUAGAGGAAACCAUGAAUCACGAGCAGUUACUCAGACAUAUGGCUUCUAUACAGAAUGCAUGCGGAAAUAUGGAUCACAGCAGGUCUGGCAAUACUUUACCGAUAUGUUUGAUUUCUUAACGUUGUCUGUGGUCAUUGAUAACAAUAUAUUCUGUGUUCAUGGAGGUCUGUCACCUACAAUUCAUGUUCUGGAUCAAAUCAUGGUUAUUGAUCGAUUUCGAGAGAUUCCUCAUGAAGGUGCUAUGGCUGACCUGGUAUGGUCUGAUCCAGACCCAGAAAAGGAAGAGUUUGCUAUAUCAGCAAGAGGAGCAGGGUAUACAUUUGGUAGCUUGGUAGUCGAUAGAUUUCUGCACAUGAAUAAUAUGUCACACAUCCUACGUGCUCAUCAACUAUGUAAUGCUGGCUAUCAGGUUUUGUUUGACAACAAACUUUCCACAGUGUGGUCAGCUCCAAACUAUUGCUAUAGGUGCGGAAAUUUGGCGUCUAUUCUAGAGGUUGGUGUUAAUGGCGAACGAUAUUUUAAUAUAUUUGAUGCUGCACCAGAAAAUGAACGCAAUCCUCAGCAAGCUCAACUCAAGACCCAAAUUGAGUAUUUCCUGUAA